CAGACUAAACUAUAUAUAAGUAUAUAAAACCAGCUAUAUCGCUUGCGGUUACCGCGCUUGACAGGUGUGACGUGUGUCGACCAACAAGGAAAUGUGAAAUGUUUCUAUUUACUUGCCUCUCAAAAAAGAGAUGAUAUAGUGUCAACCGUUUUGAUAAAGCAGAACUCCGAUAAUAAUGAGUUGGGAAAUAAGUUAUGCGGAUAUGUGCCGCGCUUGUAUGAAAGUCGACGGCGUUCUGUUGCCCAUGUAUGGCGACGAGAUAAUCAGUAAGAAAAAAUUGCCUGAUAAAUUGGCCGAGCUUACUUCGGUAAAGAUUGAUAAAUUUGAUGGCUUACCAAAUAUGCUGUGUGCCAAGUGCGCAUACAGAACAGAUGCAUUUUAUGACUUCAAACGACAAGUUCAAGCUACGGAGAGAAGAUUGAGAGAAAUGUUUCAAAUAGAUUUAUGUCCUGUGAUUAAGGAGGAAGUAAUAGAGGAGGGAAAUGAGCAAGUUGAGUUAUAUGAAAAUGCUAAUGAAUAUGUGGAUAAUGAUCUGCAGUAUGAAUCACAAAAUUUAAGCAGUAGGAAUAGUUUGACUGAGGAAACAGAAAAUGGAAUUGCCUUACAUGAAGCUUUUAAUGGAACUGUAAAAACUUGUGAGAGUGGAAACCUUACGGAUGAAGACAUAGACGAAGGCACUGAAUAUCUGGAAGAUGCUUCAGUAGACACAGAAAAAGCAUAUGAGCCAAAUGAUUUCAAUCACAUAUUUAUUCGGGACAUACAGCAAAUUGCAACACAAGCCAAUACCAUUGUUAAAACCGAAGUACCUGAUGCAAUUACAAAUAUGUUUGAAUCCCAAGAUUUAAAUUAUACAAUAAUGUACAUACCUGAAAACGAGAUGGACCCACUAGUACAAACAGGUGGGCAAAAUAUAUUCAUCAGUGAAGAAAAAGCCAAUGAGUCCAGUAACCAUGAUAGUUUCAUAACUAAUUGCCCCUCGGAAGAUAUAAUCACUGCUGAAAAGACCAACAAAGGCUCAGAAUCCUUAAGUAUCGAAGAUUCUGAUAGUCAUGUGACAGUUAAUACAGAAAAGAAGUGCUGGAAAACUUCAAUUUGCAAGACGAACAUCAAGGAAGAAAACACCACAGUGGAUAAUGUCGAAGCCUCAACUUCUCAGAAACAAAAAUCAGUAGAUCAAAGUAUACAGAACGAUGAUGAUGAUGAAGACUCUGACUACUUUGCGGAUCCCAGAGAUAAUAUACUAGGCAGUGUGACAGACACCAUUAUGAGAAUCAAGGAGAUAAAAGUGAACGAUGAUAUCAUCGAAUACCAGUGCACGCUCUGUAUGCAAAACUAUGAUCAAAUAACUGGAGUGCUCAUUCAUAUGGUAGACAAUCAUGUACCAGCAGGUGGACCAUUUUUCUGUAUGGUUUGUGAAAUGGAUCUAGAAAGUCAUAGGAAGCUACGAGCUCAUGUGAAAACGCACACUGGUCGUCUACCAUACACGUGUUUCAUCUGCAAGAAAUCUUACUCAAUGAAACGAUAUCUUAAAAGACAUAUGGUCUGUCACACAGACUUCCCAAGACAUCGCUGCCCCAAGUGUGGUCUCAGAUUUAAGGUCAAAUCUGAACUGGAAUCACAUGUAACGACUCACAUCCAUGGUGCUCCAUACGCAUGCAGCCAGUGUACCCGUGUAUUUAACCACAAAGGCAAUUACAAACGUCACUUGAUCACCCAUCUGGAUCCUCAGGGUUUACAUUUACCCAAGUAUCCCUGUGAAGUCUGUGGAAAACGCUUUCCGAAUAGACGCACACUGGAAAUUCACAUGCGUGUUCAUACUGGUGAAAAACCAUUCAAAUGUGACGUAUGUGGGAGAUCAUUUUCACAGCAAGGAAAUCUUCAGAAUCAUAUGAGAAUUCACUCUAAUCCUCGUAGUUAUACGUGUGAGGUAUGUGGGAAAAGAUUUAACCAAAGGGCCACCCUAAGAGACCACAGUUUACUUCAUACAGGUGAAAAACCAUAUGUUUGUACCGUAUGUGGUGUAGCCUUCACAUUCAGUGCUGCAUUGCGUCGCCAUAUGUGGACUCACGCUGGUGGAAAACCAUUUGGCUGUGAAAUUUGUAAUGCUGGUUUUGUUGGCAAGUACGAGUUAAGACGUCACAUGAGUAUACACAAUGAGGGUUCAAAAACAAAACGAAAGCGAAACCCAAAGAAGAAGAUCGAAAAGCCACCGGAAGAACCAAAAGAUGAAAUUAUUAUUAUAGAAGAUAAUCCCAAUGGAACGCAUACUAUAUUAAUAGAGCAAGUACUUUUAGCACAGGACACCACUCAGCCUGUACCCCAGGAAGAAUCUGAAAAAGAAAAUGUUGAUGCAAUUUUUAAUCUUAUACAAUAUUGAUAUUGUUAAGACUGUAAAGUUUGAGAAUUUCAUAUUCACCGGAAAGAAGGUUUUUUUCUAUUUAAUAUUAUUUGAGAAACUUUGAGAACUCGGAUGGAUUAUAAAUACUGUACAUAGAGAAGUACAUAUGUAGCAAUUACUUAGAAUAAUUAAUUGAUACCAAUUCAAAUCAUAUUUAUACACUACUCAGCGAGCACCAGACUUAUUGUACAUGUAAUAAAUCCUUGAGAAAGAUGGUCAGAUGAAAAUU